GUGUGGCCGUACCGGGGAGGGCGGGGCCGUGCCGGGGGCGGGGCCGGCGCGGGGGCUGCCGGGAGGCGCGGCGGCGGCCGGGCGGUGCGGGCCGGAGCGGGGCGCGGCGCGAUGCAGAAAUACGAGAAACUGGAGAAGAUCGGGGAAGGCACCUACGGGACCGUGUUCAAGGCCAAGAACCGGGAGACGCACGAGAUCGUGGCACUGAAGCGGGUGCGGCUGGACGACGACGAUGAGGGCGUGCCCAGCUCGGCGCUGCGGGAGAUCUGCCUGCUGAAGGAGCUGAAGCACAAGAACAUCGUCAGGCUGCACGACGUGCUGCACAGCGACAAGAAGCUGACGCUGGUCUUCGAGUUCUGCGACCAGGACCUGAAGAAGUACUUCGACAGCUGCAACGGGGACCUGGACCCCGAGAUCGUCAAGUCCUUCAUGUACCAGCUGCUGAAGGGCCUCGCCUUCUGCCACAGCCGCAACGUCCUGCACAGGGACCUCAAGCCCCAGAACCUGCUCAUCAACAGG